AUGGUGUUCUUUGAUGAUAACGAUGAUAAUGAUAAUGAUGAUGAUGAUAAUAAUGACGAUGAUGAUGAUGAUGAUGAUGAUGACGACGAUGAUGAUGAUGAUGAUGAUGGUAGUGAUGAUAAUGAUAAUGAUGAUGAUGAUGAUGAUGGUGAUAAUGAUGAUGAUGAAGCAAAAGGAUAUAAAUUAUUGUUGAUAUUUCGUGGAUGA